AACUAAGUUCCAAAGGUGAAUGUGACGGUCAAUCAGGAGGAAGCAAUAUAGAAAGGAGAACGUGUAAGGUGGGAAGAAUGGAAGAGAGAAGGAAGCAAUCUGGGGUGGUAAUUCGAAGGGCUACUCCAGUCUGGAGUUGACUGGAAGGCGUCUACCCCAGGCUGAGGGGAUGAUGCCGGGGCAUGCCGGAGCGAAUCAUAUUAAUCCCGGCGGUGGAGGAAGCGGAUAAGCCAUCGGCCCGGAAAAAGAUCGGCGGUCUCCGCCCUGAAACGCCCGUCAUCUCGCCACUGGUCGACCCCUUGGCUCUGUUCUUCAACCCUACCUUAAGUUCUGGCAACUGGCCAGCCCCACCCCCCUUUGGUUCCCUACCACCAUGGUAUCCUCUACACAACCCGAUAAGCCUGUUCCUCGUCCUUACAAGUGCCCUUAUCCUCUCUGCGGCCGUGCUUUCAGCCGUCUGGAACACCAGACACGGCAUAUACGCACUCACACCGGCGAGAAGCCCUUUGUAUGCAGUUUUCCGUCCUGCGAAAAACGGUUUUCGAGGAGCGACGAGCUCACUAGGCAUUCACGGAUACACAAUAAUGACCACAACAAUAUCACUCACCACCAGCCCCCCAAGAAGACAAAGUCGAGGGGUACUGGCUCUCCAGAUCAUACCGAUGAGCCAGAAGAAACCCAAGUCAGGGUAAAGAAGAAAGCGAGAAGCAGAGCAAACAGCGACGACGAGGACGACUCAUAUGCCCGGCCGACGUCUGUCGGUUCCUAUGAUAUCCCCCAUUCUCGGCGCAGUCGUCCUCAGUCAUCCACCACACCCCCGACGACGACCUCAUCAUUCACGACACUGUCCUCUGUCGCCAUGGACGAGUUAUAUGCCCUCGAACGCGAGGAAGCGCUGCGCCGUGCAGAGUAUGAGGCACGCCAUGCGGAAGCCCUGCGACGAGCUGAAUACGAAACACGUACACGAGGCGGCAUGGGGCUUGAUUUUUCCAUUUUACAACAGUAUCCCUCACGUCUCAGCAAGAGCGCUACGACUUCGCCGGUUUCUACGCCGGCGCUUCAUCCGUACGAUGACAGCCGUGGCUACUUUGGCAUUUCCAACGAGCGCGAUUACUAUCAGCCUCGUCACCACCACCACCGGCAGUCACGGUAUCAAGUCGUUUCAGACGAUGAAGAGGGCCCAGGUAGCAGCAGCGCUAGUGAACGGAAAAUCACCCGCAGACUAUCCGGCCCCGCAUGGCAGAUGACACCCUUCUCCACACGUUCAAGCGGGGAUGACUCUGGCCAUCACGUCGAUUCUGCCGUCGCCAAGCACGCUCACCAUUCCCACCCUCAUCACCCAUACUACAUUCCAUCACAUCAUCCCCACCCCCAUCAUGUGCCCCCACCCCCGCAAUAUCACGAGAGUCCUUCUCCAGCUAGCUCCGAUUCAGAUUCUCACGUUACUCAAAGUCAUUAUGGACGUCAGCCUCACUCUCCCUAUUCCAGUAAUAUAAGAACUACAAGCAAUUCUACGUCUCAUACGCCAAGUACAAGUCCUUUUCUUGGCCCGAUGAGGGGACUCAACUUGCACAGCGCAAAUCCUUCUCGUGCACCUUCACCUGUGCUAGCCAUGCUGCCUCCUCCCGGGUUGCCUUAUCAUCACCACCACCAAAGCAGUCAUAGCGGACGGAGUAGCCCUACGAGCCGGAGUGCGAGCCCCCCACAUCACAUGCCUUCGCACGCCUCGCAUCAUCAUCAUCAUCUCGCUCAUUCUGUACGGAUGGCCUUCGGAAUGACGCCGAUCCACCCCCAUGUCACACCUCCUGAGUCAAGCUCGUCAUCGCGGGAAAGUCACAGUCCAGGCGCGUGGAGUGGUGGCUGGUAAUAGCCCCAGGAUUACGUUGGCGCCGCUUAAGAUCGUAGAAGAUAGCAGCAGCGGAGAACCUGAGAAGGAAAAGGAGAAGGUAGUGUCUUUGACUGAGGUCGAGCGUAAGGAAGACAGUGAGAAGAACGGAGAGCGAGAGAAAUUACCGGGAUUCAGCCUUUUCGAAGCAGCGGUUCGGGGUGAGGGUGCGCUACCGGUGGUCGGUGCAGGCUGGUAACGACUGUAUGUUAUUGCGAUCGUCUUCAUGUUUUUGCUUUUGUUCUUUUGAUUAUCCAUGCUAUGUUUAUUGCCUAAGGGCCC